AUGGAUACAUAUAUCAAUAUAUAUAUAGAGAGAGAGAGAGAUAGAGGCUUUGGAUUUUUUCUUACGGAGUUGAGUGAUUAUAAUCGCUCGGGAUCUAAUCUGAAAGUCGAAGACAACCCAGAGCUUUAUUUUGGGCCAAAAAUCUUUAGAUCUAGCCUGCAUCUUAUCGGGUCAGCUAGAGUUAAAAAGGACCAGAUGCGUUCAUUUCAGAGUAUGCUGAAUUACUUCCCGGAGGAGGUAUUAGAGCAUGUAUUCGACUUUUUGACAUCACAUCGUGACCGAAAUGCGGUGUCUUUGGUUUGCAAGUCGUGGUAUGCGGUCGAGAGAUUCAGCAGAGAGAAGGUUUUCAUAGGCAACUGCUAUGCCAUCAGCCCGGACAGGCUGAUUGCGAGGUUCCCUAGGGUUCGGUCGUUAACGCUCAAAGGGAAGCCCCAUUUUGCGGAUUUCAACUUGGUCCCCCAUGAUUGGGGUGGAUACGUGCAACCCUGGAUCGAGUCCAUGGUUAAAGGCGGUGUGAAUCUUGAGGAACUAAGGCUGAAGAGGAUGUUGGUUUCUGAUGAAAGCCUCGAGCUGCUAGCAAAUUCUUUUCCCAAUUUCAAGUCUUUGGUUUUGGUUAGCUGUGAAGGAUUCACCACGGAUGGUCUUGCUGCCAUUGCAUCCAAUUGCAGGUUUCUUAGGGAGCUGGAUUUGCAAGAAAAUGAAGUUGAGGACCGUAGAGGGCAGUGGCUUAGCCGCUUUCCUGACAGCUGCACUUCUCUUGUCUCUUUGAAUUUUGCAUGCCUCAAGGGAGAAGUUAAUUUGGCAUCUCUAGAAAGAUUGGUUGCAAGAUGUUGUAACCUUAGAAGUCUGAGGGUUAACCAUGCAGUGCCUCUCGAUGCUCUCCAGAGAAUUUUAGCACAAGCACCUCAACUGGUGGAUUUAGGGACUGGGUCAUUUGUCCACGAUCCCGACUCAGAAUCAUAUAACAAAUUAGAAACUUCUAUGCAGAAGUGUACCUCAAUCACAAGCUUGUCAGGGUUCUUGGAUGUUACUGCACGCUGCUUGCCUGCCAUUUACUCAAUUUGCAGACACUUGACUACAUUGAAUCUGAGCUAUGCUCCAGGAAUCUAUAGUGAUGAGCUUGUAAAGUUAAUAUGCCACUGCAACAAAUUAGAGCGCCUAUUGGUUUUAGAUACCAUUGGAGAUAAAGGGCUUGGUGUUGUGGCCUCAACUUGUAAAGAACUGCAGGAAUUGAGGGUUUUCCCAUCUGAUAUCUAUGUUGUUGGCAAUGCUUCUGUAACCGAAGAAGGAUUAGUUGCGAUAUCAGCUGGUUGUCCCAAGCUUAAUUCGAUACUUUAUUUCUGUCAGCAGAUGACCAAUGCAGCACUCAUUACAGUUGCUAAAAAUUGCCCCAAUUUCAUUCGCUUCAGAUUGUGCACGCUUAACCCAACUGUACCAGAUGCCGUAACCAUGCAACCAUUAGAUGAAGGUUUUGGGGCAAUUGUCAAGUCAUGCAAGGGUCUUAAGCGGUUAUCUGUCUCUGGCCUCCUGACUGAUCAAGUUUUCCUUUACUUCGGAAGGUAUGCUAAACAGCUUGAAAUGCUUUCAAUUGCCUUUGCUGGGGAUAGUGACAAGGGAAUGCUUUAUGUGUUGAAUGGAUGCAAGAAGCUCAAGAAGCUGGAGAUCAGGGAUAGCCCUUUUGGCAAUGUGGCACUUCUAGCGGACAUGGGGAAGUAUGAAACAAUGCGAUCCCUUUGGAUGUCGUCCUGUGAAGUGACCCUUGGAGCAUGCAAAACCCUUGCCCAGAAGAUGCCAAAGCUUAAUGUUGAGAUCAUCAAUGAAAGUGACCAGAUGGAGGAUAGUGUUGAUGAUAAGCAGAAAGUAGAGAAAAUGUACCUGUAUCGAACAUUGGUUGGGCCCCGGAAAGAUGCACCAGAUUUUGUGUGGACGUUGUAG